UUGGCUUAGCGGCCCUAUCCAGGCACUCGGCGCAGCGCCGUUGCUUAGCCCGAUCGUUCCAAUAUGGCGGAGGCUUCCUUUGGGAGUUCGAGCCCAGUUGGCUCUUUAUCAUCUGAGGAUCACGACUUUGACCCUUCUGCUGAAAUGCUGGUACAUGAUUAUGAUGACGAGCGAACUCUUGAAGAAGAGGAAAUGAUGGAAGACAACAAAAAUUUCAGCUCUGAAAUUGAAGAUUUAGAAAAAGAAGGAAAUAUGCCAUUGGAAGAUUUAUUGGCAUUCUAUGGCUAUGAAACCACAAUUCCAAUUAUGGCCAGUUCCAGUGCAGAUAGCUCUCCAAGUGAACUUGCAGAUGAACUUCCAGAUAUGACUCUUGAUAAAGAGGAAAUAGCUAAAGACCUCUUGUCAGGUGAUGAUGAAGAAACACAGUCUUCUGCUGAUGACUUGACGCCAUCAGUGACUUCACAUGAGGCUACUGACUUCUUUCCUCGGCCAUUAAGAUCAAACACUACGUGUGAUGGAGAUAAGGAAUCAGAUGGUGAAGAUGUAGAAGCAGACAAUGGUAAUUCAUCUGAAGAUUUGAGGAAGGAAAUAAUGGUUGGUUCACAGUAUCAGGCUGAAAUUCCACCUUACCUUGGCAGAUACAGUGAUAAAGAAAAGGCCUAUGAAAAUGAAGACCAUUUACUUUGGAAACCUGAUGUUAUCUCAGAAAGUAAAGUUAAAGAAUACCUUUUUGAAACCUCCUUAAGAACAGGAAAUGAAAACAUGAUUGACAGAAUUCCUGAAGGACUACAUACACGGGACAAUGAGCAAGCACUAUAUGAACUUCUCAAAAGUAGCCAUAAUAUUAAAGAAGCAAUUGAGAGAUACUGCUCAAAUGGAAAAGCAUCUCAGGAAGAGAUGACAGCAUGGACAGAAGAGGAAUGCAGAAGCUUUGAACAUGCGCUUCUGAUUUAUGGGAAAGACUUUCAUCUCAUACAGAAAAACAAGGUAAGAACUAGAACGGUUCCCGAGUGUGUGGCUUUCUAUUACAUGUGGAAAAAAUCAGAACGUUAUGAUUACUUUGCUCAGCAAACAAGAUUUGGAAAGAAGAGGUAUAACCAUCAUCCAGGAGUUACGGACUACAUGGAUCAUUUGGUAGAUGAAACAGAAGCCCUUGGUGGAGCAGUACAUUCCUCAGCCUUAACAUCUAAUAUUCAAACAGAAACUGUUCCUGAUCAACAGCUAAGCAUUCUGAACUCUAUCACUGCCAAUGAGUUGACAGCAUUGACAAGCAGUGUAGCUACAGUCUGCCACACUUCAGAUGUGAACUGCCUGGAUGAUGCCUUUCCACCUAUGGACAGCUUACCCCAAGCACCGGUUACUCAUGUGCCUGUUGGAACAGAAGAAUUACUUAACUUGCCUAGCAAUGGUGAAAGUGAUUGUUUUAAUUUAUUUGAGACUGGCUUUUAUCAUUCAGAGCUAAACCAAAUGAACAUAUGCAGUGAGGAGACAGAAAGACCUGUGAAGAGAAUGAAAAUGGGAAUUCCUGUCCCAGAAUCUUUAAUGAAUGAUGUGUCUGUAAAUAACCUUGGUGUGGACUUUGAGAACCACACACACCAUAUUACCAGUGCCAAAAUGGAUGUUUCAGUCGCUGACUUCAGUCUGUCUGCAAAUGAGCCAAAUGGUUUUAUCAACACCCAUGCUCUUCACCAACAUACUGCCCUUCACUCAGAAUGACUGUGGAAAACUAGACAAAUAGUGGGUACUUUAUGCAGCAGUGGUAAACUUGAUUGGAGAUAUCAGGUUUGCUUAGUCUUUCACUGGAAGUUUGACCUUUAUGACAUCAGUGAUGUCUUUUUAUGUAUAGAGCUAUAUCUUGUUUUAUCA